GGGUCACAGAUCUGCGUGGCGCGAGAUCCUCCGGCGUUGUUUGGACGAGCGGAUUAUCCCGGUUUGCGCCAGCGAAGUGAAGUAAAUAUUGGCCGAGACACUGCCGGGUCUCUUGACUAUUGAAGUGGGAAAAUUAAUUGACGUUGGAAGGACCCGUGACAGGUGUUUCGAUCUGUAUUCGCCGUUCCCGUUUGACCGCGUGAGAUGAACGAGACUAAUGAGUUGCCACCGGGGACAGCGUCGCUCCUUGAAGAGCUCGAGAAGAAACUUAUGGUUUUGUUGAGAGACGGCAGAACAUUAAUCGGCUAUCUUAAAAGUGUCGAUCAGUUUGCUAAUAUAGUACUUCAGAGUACCAUUGAAAGGAUACACGUCGGUCAGGAAUAUGGUGAUAUCCCGAGAGGGAUCUUCAUAGUAAGAGGGGAGAAUGUUGUGCUCUUAGGAGAAAUAGACAUAGAGAAGGAGAAGGUGCUGCCGCUUAAAAAGGUGACGGUGGACGAGAUCUUGGACGCCCAGAGGCGCGAGCAGGAGUCGAAGCAGGAGCAGAAAAAGCGAGUGAACAAGGCUUUGAAGGAGCGGGGUUUCGCGUACAUACCGGAUUUGAGUCACGACGACAUGUACUGACGUACGAAUGUAUAUAAUUUUUGUAUCAGGUUUACCCGAUGGACUUGUAUCGAUUAAAUGUAAUGACUCGUU